AAAAAAGAAAAACAGGAUAAAAGGAAGUGAGAUAGAGAAAGAGAGGAGAAAGAUAAGUAGAGAUAAAGAAGAAAGCGAGAGAGAAGAGAAAGAAAGAAAAGCGAGUGAAAGAAAUAGGACAUCAAAGAGGUCAAAAGAGAACAAAAGGGCAGAAAAUAGCAUGAGUACUGGGAUGAAGAGAACAAAACCCUAAAAAACAUAAAACCAGAAAAAAGAGCCUCCUCACCAGAUAAUAACCUUUAGAUAAAAUAGCAUCCACAAAAGGGUUUACAGUGAUAGAAAAAGGAGAGAUGUAGAGAGAGAGAGAGAGAGAGAGAGAGAGAGAGAGAGAGAGCUAGCUUUGUAAAUAUUCUGCGAUGUGAGAACUAAAGAGAAAGUAAAACACUGGAGGUACAUUAGCUUACGUUAGCACUGCUCAGCUACACUCUAAACCGCUCAGCUGGUGAAGGUUCAUAUUUGGUUCCCCAACUCUGGAAAAAAACUCUCAAUCCUUUACAGAGAACAUUAGAAAUAAGUAAUAGAUGCUUAUAAAUACAGAUUAAAACAUUUGGUCAGUCUAACAAUUAUGUCCGCUAAGCUUAGCGGAGCCACUUUUACUUUACACUGUAUGUUUCAUAACUGGGCUGUUAUUUCAUUAUACAAUCUGAUAAAAAUGGUCGCUAGCUUUGCUAAUCGCAUUUUGUAAUUAAAGGAAAGUGCUGUGUAAAUAAAUAUUAUAAUUAUUAACUGGGUAAAAAGCAUAACCACUAAGGCUGUUAACAAUGCAUUAACACCAUUGCAAAUCUGAUUAUAACUGUGAAAAGCUAAUAAGCUAAUACACUGAAUAUUUAGCAUUAGCACAACAAUACUUGUUACUUUGCAGCUUGGCUGUUUUUAUCUUUUGCCAAUAUUGGUUGGUAACUAAAAUUAAAAGUGCUGUAUAAAUAUAUAAAAAAUAUUCUUAUUGAUUGGGCAAUUAAAAUGUUCUUUCAGAUUAGCAUAGCUAAUGUCAAGCACAAACAAAAUUUAACAAAUCACAACUUAUGUGGAGGUGAGAUUUUUGGUUUAUUUUGAUGCAAAUAUUCGAUCUAUAUAGAACAUGUGUUCAAUUAGUUAUUGAUUCAUUUCAGUAGAGCAUGAUCAUCCUAGUCAGUGCUAAUGGUGUAGUUUAAUUAUGAUCCACAGCUUCUGAAACAGAUCAAUAAUAACCAACGAAGUGCAAAUUUCAUUACAAAUCAUCACUAAUCCAAUUAGAACUGUGAAAAACAAGCUAAGCUAAUAAGCUAACUGCACUGGAAACUUAGCUUUAGUACAGUUAGUGCAGUAAACAACACGUUUGUCUGUUAUAUGUAGCCUGGAAAGAUGACGACUACAGAGAGAUGGUGAAUCAGCAGCUCAUGUUAAGUUUAUGAUUUAUUCUGCUUACUUGGGUGCAGUCACUGAGACGAAAGGCUUUGUCAUUGGAAAGAGAAACAGAAAGAGGUACAGAGAGAGACAUGAAGGAACGAUAGAAAAAGAAGUCAUCUUUGGACUCAACUAAUGUGAGUGUUAAUUAGGAGAAAUUAACCCCUUAAAAAUAACUCCUUAAGAGGUGCUGGCAGAUCCAAGCUUCCACAACACAGCUUUAUAUCUAAAGAAUAUCCCAGUGAGUUUGUGCUCUAGUCCAUGCAGUGUUUUUUUUUUUUUUGGGAGGGGUGGGGGUCAUUUAAUGUGCACUGAUCAACCAAUCAGCAUGCUCAGUUAAAUCUGCUUGUGCAUGUUUCUAAAGUGGCAAACAACAACAAAAAAAACAAUCAAACUGAAGCUAAAUCAGUCCUAAAUGGAUAGAUUUUUCAUAAUUUGGUGUAAAUGUGGCUCUCCUGUUGAUUUGCUCUUUUUUUCAGAUGGUCCAAUCAUGAUUUAGUUCUAGCACCAGACCUACUUAGGACAUAACAAUUCUGGGAUUUCAAGGGUGACUCGUAGAAGAAAUUUUUAAUUUGCUCAACAGAAGGACAGAAUGUGAAAAAUUGGAAAAAUGCACAGUUUAAAGGGAUUAUGUGCAUGAAAUGUGGCCUUCACCUGAUGCAUAAUUAAUUAGUUAAUUAUUUAGUUAUACAGCACUUUUCAGAUAUUAAAAUCCAGCUCAAAGAGUAAGCACAUAUAAAAACAAAAUCAUAAAACACUGGAUGCAUUCCGUAAAACAAAAAACAAAACACGAAAAAUGAGCCAUCACUGCACGAUAAAAUCAGACUUUCUUUAAAAGAGCAGGUUUUGGCCAUCUAAGCAGUGCUGGGAUCUUCUGAAGACCAAAUACUUCCACAAGUCUGGAAUCAUUCCUAAACCCACCAGAGUUAACAGAGCAGCUCCUACAUCCACAUUUUCAAACAGGCUCAGGAACAUUCUGAACGUUUUCUUACCUGCAGCUUAAACCACGCAGACAUCAGCUGGACGUGAGAAGCAGAAGAAGAUAAACUACCAACAGAACUGCAAACUUCUGUACCGAGCUGCUCCAGAGCCAAAAUCAGAUGGAUUUACAAAUUUCUACUGCAGGUGAGCUUUCUUGCAGGUUGGAGCUCCUUUGGCUGGAUACUGGACUGAACAGAUGAUGUAAUUCCAGACCUUUGAGAAGACUUUCUAAGCUUUAGUGCUGAGAUGGAUUCUUCUAAGAUACUGUGACCUCAUUUAGUGCGUGUGAAGAUUUUUGAUUGUUUGUUUUAAUAUCCACGGAAUUAACCCCUAUAAUCAGUCCUGUGAGAGAGGAGGACAGGCAGAGAGUUACAGGGAGAAGUUUGGACCGUGUGAGGCUGAAGGUGAAGUUUCAGGAUGGGGUGUAACAUGUGUGUGGUGCAGAAGCCUGAAGAGCACUGCAGAGUCAUGUUCCAGGUGAGCAGUAAAGACCUUUCCAGACUCUCUCAGGAACAUGGUCUGGAGGCUCUUCGCUGUGGACGGGGCCUGAGUCGGGGCCCCAGGAGGAAAGGGGGCAUUGUUGUGGGUGGUGGUGUAUCGCUACUGGCCGACUGUGUGGACAGUGGAACACAGACAGACAUCAGCUUCCAGAACAUGGUUACAGUGGGCAGGAGUUACCGAACCUGUGGACCCCCACCAUCCCCAUCUCCACCUCUACCACCAAUCCCAGAGCCAUACCUGCUCAGCCAGAUGUCUCCUUUAGAUCAUGUGUACUACGACCCCACUGACUACUUUGACAUCAGUCAACAUGAGGUGGACAGACAGGAUGAUCUAGAGUAUGAGGAAGUGGAGCUGUAUAAGUCUUGGCAGCAGGAGAAGCUGGGACUGACUGUGUGUUACCGCACUGAUGAUGAAGAGGACCUGGGCAUCUAUGUAGGAGAGGUCAACCCAAACAGCAUUGCUGCUAAAGAUGGCCGUAUUAGAGAAGGGGACAGGAUACUGCAGAUCAAUGGAGUGGAUGUGCAGAACCGGGAGGAGGCUGUGGCUAUUCUGACCAGAGAAGACAGUACCAACAUCUCCCUGCUGCUGGCCAGACCUGAGAUUGAGAACGAGGCAGAUGAUUUGGAGCUGGAGCUGGGGGUCGGCCUGGAGCUGGAGGUCCUGGACAACGGAUCUCACCUGGCCAGUCCUCAUCACCGCAGGAGAACCAGUUCUGUCCUCAGUGACUCAGUAAGUGGCCAUCGUGUUGGUCAUCCCGACCUGUGGCACACAGCACUCAGCAACAGCCAGGAGCUGGACAGCGGGGUUGGGCGUACAGACGAGAGCACACGGAACGAGGAGUCAUCAGAACAUGACCUGCUGGCUGAUGAUGCCACCAGUGCAUCCACCACCAAUGCAACCAACACACCUGGCAGCAUGCGGAGGUUCCAUGGUAGCUCCCUAGCACCAAUGCAUGGAGGAGAACUCCGCUUUAGCACUGAUUCUCUCCUGGCACCUGAUGGUACAGGGGAGCAUGGAGCCUCAGAGACCGCAGCCUCAAUGGCAAGCAGUGUGCUAAUACCUGGACUUACUGAGGAAGAGUGUGAACGUUACCGGGAGUUGCUAGAGAUCCGGUGCCUGUACGAGAGAAAUGGGAAUCCCCUGUUCUUGCUGGCAGGAUCUCAGGGGUGCUCUGCAGGAGAGGUCCCUUUAGAUAUGAACUGCAAUGAGAGCCUACUUAGACAUGAGAUUGCAUUGCUGGAGGAGGAACUGAGGCACCUUGAAUUCAAGUGGCGCAACGUCUUGAGGGCCCAAAAAAUGCAACAGCUGCGAGAACGCUGCCUGAGAGUCUGGCCAGCAGAGAAAGAAAACGAAGGUGAAGAAGGUGCAAAGGCAGCAGUAUCUGUCCACCAUGAACUGUCAGACAUCAACGAAAUUCCUGAAAGAGAACGUUCAGACAAGGAGAGCACCAGCGCCUACAACACAGGUGGGGAGAGUUGCAGGAGUACACCACUUGUCAGUGAACGUUACCCUUCACCCUCAGCAGCUGCAGACUCCAGCACCUCAGCUACCUUGCGGCCUCACACUACUAGGCACAGGACAACAAGGUCAAGAGAUGAGAACCUUAAUCUGCCGUCCUCCCCUAGCUCUAGGCGAAAGUGUGAGGAUGCAUGCAAUGGUAAGAAUCUCAGCCCAGGUACAAGGGUUCGCUCUCUAUCUCGCAACGGAGGCAGCAAUGGCAAGAAGGUUUCUGACAGUGUCCGAAAAGGCACCAAGGCAAAUGGAGUGGCAACUGGUGGAGCACCAGAAGGAGGUAGGAGUGCAGAAAACAGUCCAUAUCUCUCCAGUCAUCGCUGUGGCUCCAAGAUACCACAGCGCUACCAAAGUUGCAUGCAACUGAAGGAUAUGAAUGCCACAGAUGGUCCUGAGAUUCAGGAUGCUGCAGAACAGCCUGCUGGUGGUCCAAGCAACUUGGCUAGCACAAACAGAGACCUGGAGAUCCCCUCGACAACCCUACUAAAUCCCGUGCUGUUUCCUCAGAGUUUGUUACCAUCCUUUCCCCAGGGAUCACCCCGGAUGGAGUGGAAGGUGAAGAUCCGAAGCGAUGGAUCACGCUACGUAGCCAAGCGACCCGUUAGAGACCGCCUGCUGAAAGCUCGAGCCAUGAAGAUCUGUGAGGAACGCAGUGGGAUGACCACAGAUGACGAUGCAGUCAGUGAGAUGAAGAUGGGCCGCUAUUGGAGCAAGGAAGAGCGCAAGCAGCAACUGCUGAGAGCUCGAGAGCACCGCAGACGCAGAGAGUUCAUGCUGCAAAGCCGUCUGGACUUUCUGAGAGAGAGAGAGAAGGAGCAGGAUUCUGGAGGCCAGGGGCAGGUGUCCAUCCUAGAGCUCAGCCAAAGGAAAAGCAUGAAGAAGCGUAGCCGACGCAUCUUGGAUAAUUGGAUUACCAUCCAGGAGCUUCUGGCCCAUGGGACUCGCUCAGCAGAUGGCAAGAAAGUCUACAAUCCCUUGCUUUCAGUAACCACAGUCUGAGUCAGACAGUGAUGGUUAAAUAGGGGGAGCUAUAUUGCCCAUCAAAAGUCUGGUGUCAGCUAGCUUUUCAAAAUGUUUUGAGUACAAAUGAGCAUUUUUCUUAGUUAGUUUUGCAAUAACUUAAAAUAAUGAACAAAAAGUGCUGAAGAUCAUGACUUUUUUUGCAAAAACUGGAAAGCUGGAGAAAUAACUGACAACAGGUCCUGGAUUGGCUUGGAAUAAAAUCAAAAGGCCACACUUUUUGCCCCUUCAAACCUUUCAGGUGUUUAAACCACCUUUGGUCCAAAUAGAGCUGUGCUUUUAAGAAUACCUUCAAAAAGAAAGCUGUUAAAUCAUUAUUUAGGCAAAACCUGCUCUUCAUGGAAACACACUCUGAAGAAUGCAAAGCUGACUUUACCUUUGCAGAUAACACUGAAGAUCAAAAAUUUACUAAUAAAAAUCCAAAAGAAGCUAAGCUGUUCCCAAACUUUUCAUGGGCAGUGAAGAUUAGGACUGGGAUAUACUAUUCUUUUAUACACAGGUUAAUAAGAUGCGGAACAGAAGAAAUGUAGGAUUUUACCUUCGAUGAAAUGUACAAGCCAAGGUGCUUUGAACCCCAAUAAGCUGCUGUUUUACCAUGUUUAUUUACAACAGGGUUUAUUUAGAACAGAGAAACAGUGAGUAUACUGUGAACAUCCAAAAAAGCACAGUGGAGCCUACAAAAAUAUCUUGUGAAUGUAAAUGAAUGUACAUUUUUCAUGACCUUGAACCUAAACUAUUUCAUAUUUUGAUACAAUUGCUUUUCAUGACUGUAAUUUCAUAAACUGACAUUUGACCAUGGAGGAUGAGAACCUUAUUAAAACCUCUCCGUGUGUACUUAGGAUCCCAGUGUUUUUAGCUGACAGUGCAACAGGAGCUCAGUAGAGGCAACAGCAGUUCUACACUCUACAUCCUCUUUAUCAGAAACUCCACCUUACUGGUGUUCAGUUACAAACUGUAGUUCAUCUGCUGAUGUUUAUUUUGUGUUGGUCAUCAUCAAUGGUCAGUAUCUGAUCACAAACUGCUGAGAAUGGUCCACCAUUAUUUGCAUGGUGGAGGUUAGGGUAUUGGCCAUGUGUCCGGAAGGUUGCCGGUUCGCUCCCCAGAGCCCAAAGUACAUGACUGAGGUGUCUUUGAGCAAGGCACCUAACUGCUCCCCAGGUGCUGUGGAUAAGGCUGCCCAUCGCUCCGGGCAAGUGUGCUCAC